CGGGCAGGAGGGAGCUGCGGUGGGGUCCGGCCCGCCCGAGGUGUUUGUGAGUAGGGUUUUCUGCCUGGGAGAGUGGCUCUGUGCCAGAGAGCCUCAGCUGCGCGAACUGCAAAGCUAUUUGGAUAACAAAAUGAAACCUGCAAAGCUGCACUAUUGGAUUCUGGUUUGGUUUUCCAUGGCACUAUGUUGUUGGUGUACUUCAGAUGCAUUUACUCAAAGUGACGUCCACUUUCAUCCCUGGAAAAAGCUGUAUUUUGCUCAUCAUUGGCCAGUGACUGUAUGUAAGAUGAAUGCUAAUGAUUGUCAUGACCCGCCAAAUUAUUGGACAAUCCACGGAUUAUGGCCUGACAGAGCUGAAGACUGUAACAGGACAUGGCAUUUCAAUGUCACCGAGAUCAAGGAUCUUCUGUCAGACAUGAGACACUACUGGCCUGAUGUGCUUCAUUCAUCUCUGAAUCGCACACAGUUCUGGAAACAUGAGUGGGACAAACAUGGCACUUGUGCAGCCACACUUGAGAUCCUUAAUUCUCAGAAAAAGUACUUUGGUAAAGCCUUAGAACUCUAUCAGCAUGUUGAUCUCAAUGGUUGUCUCUUGAAAGCUGGGAUAAAGCCGAGCAGUUCAUAUUAUGAGAUGACUGCUAUAAAGGAAGCUCUUAGAAGAUUUUAUGGUGUAACACCGAAGAUCCAAUGCCUUCCUCCAGAAGAGGGUGAAAAGGCACAAACAAUUGGCCAGAUUGAAUUCUGCUUCACCAAAGAACUGCAACUGGUAAACUGCACAGUGUCAGAGGAUGAAUCCAACCCAAUGCAGGCUCACUUGAAGCUUGGAACUUCAGAGUUGUCGGUCUGCCAUGAUGAUCUCCCAACCUAUUACCCUUCAGAGGUCCAAGAUCACAAAUGAAGCCAUAAGAGUUUGAAAAACUGUUCAAACAGCAACAAAACCCAAAUUCAUGUAAUAUUACAAGCCCCUGUCCAUAUCAUGGGCCUACAGUGAAGAUUUCUGCUGGAAAACACAGUUCUUUUGCUAUUAAAGGAGAGUGGUCCACAUGAUGGGAUCAGCAUUUGAUCUACAGCUUGGUCUGGAUUUUUUGGCUUGGUUAUGGUUUGAAUCAAUGUUCAGAAGUGAAUGGUGACUUCUCAGUGUGACAUGCAGCUAAGUCUGCCACUUCAGCUGCUUUUUGGUUUUUACCAGUGAGUCAGGGAAAUUAAAUAAUUCUUUGUAUUGAAAGGCUGAUCAUCUCUCUAAGAUGAAGUGACAAGUUCUUGAGAGGGAAAUACUGUAAACAGAAGGAGCUCUUGAGACCUGUCUGGAGGUUCAUUCCCAGAUGCAAUAGCCACUGCCUUGUAUAAUUGCUCUCCAGAAGUGCAGAACGGAGAUCAUGUCCUCUGAGGUGUUGAACCUUUUCUCACUCAGGGAUCACAAUGGACCAAACACAACUUUUGCAUAACUUCUUAGUGACGUAGUAACAUUCUCCAAGUUUGGGUUCUUAUACCUAGAACAUCUCAGGGAGACUGUAUUUGUAGCCUUACCUGUUUGAUUAUUUUUGUGGCAGUAGCUCCAUACAGUCUUGAGGAGCAAUCAAUGCUAGAACUUAACACGUUAGUAUAGAAGAGUGUUAGGCUCUAGAAAUAGGUCAUUACUAAUUUUUUGUUGUGUUUGAACAUUCAGCAUUACUACUUGUGAGUGUCUGCACUUUUAUAUAAAAACAAGAUUGUCAUGUAAUCACUGUGUUCCAAGAAACAGCUUUUUAUAGAUGAACCAAUAAAUACUGCAGGAUUUUCGGUAAAAAGUUUGCAAUAGUGAUGUUUGCAAUAGUGCAUCUCUACCCCAUAGUGAUGAGUAACAUGCCACGAAGGUGGAUGCUUCCAGAGGGAACCAACUUUUGAUGACAUCUUCCCCACAGUGCUGUGUUGAUUUAGGUGUCUCAAACUGUGUUUCAAAGAAAGUCAAUUAUGGCUCAAGGAACCAUCUGUUUGUUAGAAUAAUGUUACUGUGAAAACAUGAAAUGCAGUAUUAGAAACAAAUUUGUUAUUUUGAGUUAGAAACCAUUUACUCUCAAUUUUGACUGUCCCUAUUUCUCUACCACCUUUCCUUUAAUGCUCUAUUACCUUUGUAUUCCAGAAUGUGUGUUUUUUAAGCCUUCCUUGAAACUCAGAUAUUUAUUUAUUUUAACAGCCAAGGAAUUAUUAUGGUCUGACAAACGAG